CGCGCACGCACGCACGAGCCGCGGCGCUCAGCACUCCAGCGUUUCAUUUCCCAGCUCCGCGACUGGCGCGCCGCUCAAAUGCGAGUUUAUUUCGCCGUAAUUACCGGUAGCGACGCUAAUGUCUUCGGCCCGGACCGUGGGACGGAUUUAGUACUGAGCCUUAAUUUCAGUACAGUCGUUUAAAAGGUUUUUUUUUUUUAAGCCCCUCCACAUCAACCUCGGUCAUUUAGACGAGUAUGGUUUCGCGGUGGAGUUGUGUCUCUGUGAAAAUAACAUGCCUUUUCUUUUACGGCUUUGCUGUUUUCGCCACUCAGGGGGGCCCCAGCAACGAAGUGAACCUGCUGGACUCGCGCUCUAUAAUGGGUGACCUCGGAUGGAUAGCCUACCCGAAGAACGGGUGGGAAGAAAUCGGAGAGGUGGAUGAAAACUAUGCUCCUAUUCACACAUAUCAGGUGUGCAGAGUGAUGGAGCACAACCAGAACAACUGGCUUCAGACGAAUUGGAUCCUAAACGAAGGCGCUCAGCGAGUGUUUGUGGAGCUCAAGUUCACUCUGAGGGACUGUAACAGCCUGCCUGGUGGUGUAGGCACCUGUAAAGAGACUUUCAAUGUCUACUACUAUGAGUCAAAUGACGAUGAUGACAGGAACAUCCGCGAAAGCCAGUACACUAAGAUCGACACCAUCGCGGCUGAUGAGAGUUUCACAGAGCUGGAUCUGGGUGACCGAGUGAUGAAACUGAACACUGAAGUAAGAGAUGUCGGGCCUCUCACUAAGAAAGGCUUCUACCUGGCCUUCCAAGACCUGGGAGCCUGCAUUGCCCUCGUGUCUGUGCGUGUCUUUUACAAAAAAUGUCCCAAGGUGGUGAAGAACUUGGCCGUCUUCCCAGAUACCAUCACCGGGUCAGACUCUUCUCAGCUUCUGGAGGUGUUGGGGACCUGCGUGAAUAACUCGGUGGCCGAGGAGCUACCCAGAAUGCACUGCAGCGCUGAGGGGGAGUGGCUGGUGCCCAUCGGGAGGUGCAUGUGCCAAGCAGGCCAUGAGGAAGUUAAUGGUUCCUGUCAAGUGUGUAAGCCCGGGUUCUACAGAUCUGCUCUGCAGACUAAGGCAUGCAGUAAGUGUCCUCCUCACAGUUUCACCAAAACAGAGGGCUCCACUUCCUGUCAGUGUGAGCACAGCUUCCACAGAAAGGACACAGACCCAACCAACAUGGCCUGCACAAAGCCUCCUUCAGCCCCACGCAGCGCCAUUUCAAAUGUAAACGAGACAAGCGUGUUGCUGGAGUGGAGCGCCCCGGAGGAGACGGGUGGCAGGAAGGACGUGACCUACAGCGUGGUCUGCAGGAAGAUGAGCGCCGAGUCGAAGCAGCACGAGCCGUGUGGCAGCCACGUUCGUUACCUUCCCCAGCGCACAGGCCUGAGCAACACGUCAGUCAUGGUGCUUGACCUGCUCGCCCACACAAACUACACAUUCGAGGUGGAGGCUGUGAAUGGUGUCUCUGAUCUCGCCAAACCACUGCGCCAUUACGUGUCUCUGAACGUCACAACCAACCAGGCUGCUCCAUCUCCCGUCACUGUGGUAAAGAGAGGAAAGACGGCGAAGAACAGCAUCGCUGUGUCCUGGCAGGAACCAGACAGACCCAAUGGCAUCAUCCUGGAGUACGAGAUCAAAUACUUUGAGAAGGAUCAGGAGACCAGUUACACCAUCAUCAAGUCAAAGGAGACAGAGAUUGUCGUGGAUGGCUUGAAGCCAUCCUCUGCAUACAUCUUUCAGAUCAGAGCUCGUACCUCGGCAGGCUAUGGAGGCUUCAGUCGACGCUUUGAGUUCGAAACCAGUCCCUACUUGUCCGCCUCCAGAGAUCAGGGCCGUGUGCCCGUCAUCGCUGUGGCUGUUACACUGGGCAUCAUCCUGCUGGCGUUGAUCACCGGCUUUCUUCUCAGUGGCAGACGCUGUGGCUACAGUAAAGCCAAGCAGGAUCCCGAUGAGGAAAAGAUGCAUUUCCACAAUGGCCACAUCAAAUUCCCUGGGGUGCGAACAUAUAUUGAUCCUCACACCUACGAAGAUCCCAACCAAGCUGUCCACGAGUUUGCUAAGGAGAUUGAUGUCUCUUGCAUUACAAUAGAGCGCGUGAUAGGAGCCGGUGAGUUUGGAGAGGUGUGUAGUGGGCCACUGAGACUGCCGGGAAAAAGAGAGAUUGUGGUGGCUAUCAAAACACUGAAAGCAGGGUACACUGAGAAGCAGAGACGAGACUUCCUGGCUGAGGCCAGCAUCAUGGGCCAGUUUGAUCACCCUAACAUCAUCCACCUGGAGGGUGUGGUCACUAAAAGCAAGCCAGUGAUGAUAAUUACAGAGUACAUGGAGAACGGAUCUCUUGACACCUUUUUAAAGAAGAAUGACGGGCAGUUCACAGUCAUCCAGCUGGUUGGCAUGCUGCGUGGCAUUGCCUCGGGCAUGCGCUACCUCUCCGACAUGGGCUAUGUGCACCGCGACCUGGCGGCCCGCAACAUCUUGGUCAACAGCAACCUGGUGUGUAAGGUGUCCGACUUCGGCCUGUCUCGAGUGCUAGAAGACGACCCGGAGGCGGCCUACACCACCCGCGGAGGGAAGAUUCCAAUUAGAUGGACAGCACCAGAGGCUAUCUCUUACAGGAAGUUCACCUCAGCCAGCGACGUGUGGAGCUAUGGAAUCGUCAUGUGGGAGGUGAUGUCAUAUGGUGAAAGACCCUACUGGGAGAUGAGCAAUCAAGACGUGAUAAAGGCCGUAGAGGAGAGCUACAGGUUGCCGGGCCCUAUGGACUGCCCCACAGCUCUCUACCACCUCAUGAUGGACUGCUGGCAGAAGGACAGGAACAGCCGGCCCAAGUUCGAUGAGAUAGUGAGCCUUCUGGAUAAGCUUAUACGCAACCCAAGUAGCCUGAAAAGCCUUGUCAAUCCCUCGAACAGGGUGUCCAAUUUAUUAGUGGAGCAUGGCAGUGCAGAGCUUUGUGCGUUCAGCUCUGUUGGGGAAUGGUUAGAUGCCAUAAAAAUGGGUCGAUACACCGAGCUUUUCAUGGAAAGUGGAUACACUUCACUGGACGUAGUCACUCAGAUGACCUUAGAAGAUGUCAGGAGGGUUGGAGUCACUCUGGCUGGACACCAGAAAAAGAUCCUCAACAGCAUCCAGGAGAUGCGAGUCCAGAUGACGAAUGCCACUAUUCCUGUCUGAGGGAGCUCUUAGAGCUGCCCAAACUACAGUUAUAGCCUAGCACUUUUACACCAGGGACACUUAUUUAUUGAAUACGGAACUCUUAAAGGGAAAUGACUCGAUAUUCCUGCGGAACAAAUUGAGGAUUGGCUCAAUGGCUGGACAGAGAGUUGUAUGUGUGUGUGUGUGUGUGUGUGUAUGUUUAUGCACAGCCCGUCAGCCUCCUGACAGCUUUGACAGGACCGAGCCAGACAUGUUGGCAAUGAAACAUUUGGAAAAGUGUGGCACAUUUCCAGGUAGGACCACUGAACGUCUGGUGGGAGUCUCUGGGCUGAAUGUAUAGCACUUUUUCAAAACCUCAUGCAACAAUACUAUUACCUCCAGAAAUCCACAAAAUCUCCAGUCUACCUACCUACAUCGACAGAUGUUAUUCCACAUGUUCUCUUGGAGGGAUGGUCAUGCAGUAAGACUUAAAACCAUAUCAAUUGGUGAAGGAAGGAAGCGGCUGUGUAUUACAAAGCAAUAUUAGAUUUCAAGCUCGAUACGGAUUUAAUUUCUUUUGGGAUGCGGAAGAGGAAAUGGGUGUACAGUUUUCAUUUGCACAAUAUGUGUCUUAAUCCAGGUGGAAAUCCAUAAAAUAGUAUCAGGCUUCAAAAACGAAACAUUUGGCUCCAGUUCCAGUAAAGUUGUGUGUGUAAAUAGUGUACAGUUAGCUAAAGCAAUUCAUCCAUGUGGGGUCCAUAUACUUUUAGCUGGAAAACAUUAGUAAUAAGACGUCGACUUAGAAAUGAGAAAUGUUUAUAGUGCUUUUCAGUAACAGCCAGGUCAUUUUACACUUGAGGUGUGAAUUCCAAAAGUGACUUUGUGCUGUUGAUUUCUAUUUAUUUAAUUCUACCCAGACUUUCUUAGCCUAUCGUUUUUGUCUGCAGUUCAUUACAAAUACAAAUAUACAGAAUUAAAAAAAAACAAAAACAAAAAAAAAACAGUAGCUCUCAGUAUAUUUAUGAACAAGAGUUAUUGAAAUCAGUAUUUCUCCCUGAAUGUCAGUACAGCUAAACAGCCCUGCUCAUGAUUUUUCCACUUUAUGGUCAUUAACAGAUCUUCCUAGAGGAAACUGUAGUCAAACCAAAGCAUCACAUAAGCAUCAUAGAUUAAUGAGGUUAUGUUUACCGUGUGGUUGUGCUAUGGGCACACUGGUCAGUUGAGGAAAGAGGAUCAUGCAGGUUCAAACAGCUUAAUGAGAAGUUUAGCUCGUGUUAUAAACAGUGCCGAGACUCUGCACGCACACCACCGUUAUUCGUUCACCUAGUUCUCUAAGUGCUUCCAUUUAUUUAGCACCAUUUUCUAGGCUAAAGGCUGAACGUGUGGGGUUGACUCCCAUCAGAUAAGACAAAAAGAGUCCGUCGGUUUAUGGAUAUAUGACGUGUUUUUUUUCUCCAAAACUAAUAUGACAGACAAACCAUUUCAGUGCUUUAUGGAGUGUCGCACAAUUGAAAGACAUCACAGAAUCACUUGUAAGGUGAUUCUUCGUAUGCUGUUACAAGUAACGUGUUAUUUAAUAUUAUACAUUGAGCUUAACUGUUGACGUUUUUUGAAAAGAUUGCUAAUAGGGAUGUGAAGGAGAACAAACUGAAUAUCAGCACACGCUAUAGACUAUUUAUAGAAAUACAGUAAUGUCGACAAACUAUUAUGUGAAGUUUGGUAUUCUUUUUUUCUUUUUUUUUCCAUUUCCUGUUGUCAGCACCGUAGACAACCGCUCUGAUUUGUAUUGAACAUCCGCUCUUUAACCAGUAAACAGUCUUUUUAUUUAUGUAUUUUAUUAUUAUUUUUUUUUUAACUUAGAUUACAACUAGUUUUAUUACAAAAAGGGCCAAGGACAAAUCGACCAAUCCUCUAUUUUUAAAGUGACCUUUAGUUUCUGUAUAUUUGGACUAUCUAAAGUUUUAAGUAGUUCUAAUGAAAAGCACAGUUAAAUGGAAACUCAUUACAGAUUUAGUUUCACAACCUGAUAGGCAAGAUGUCAAGAUAAAUGAGAACUACGUCAUACCAUAUUAAACAAAUAUACCUUUUUGUGAGCCUUUUUUAUUAUUUGCAGGAAACCCCGACAGAUCCCCAACAUCUGAUCGCUGAUCAUGAGAUAUAAGGUUUUACAGAGGGGCCUCUUGGGAUGUUCCUUAUUAACACUGGCAUGUAGGAGAGAAACAGACAUUUAGAUGGGAGAGAUAUGAUAAAACAUGCAUGAUACUGAGGUGAGGUUUUGCUCAAACACAUUUUCUCAGCAUAAAUAUGUUUUAAGCCACAAAUAUUUUAGGAAUACGAAGAAAUAAAAAAAACAAACAAAAAAAAAAAAA